AAGUUUUAGGUCAAAGUCAAAGCAUCGUUGUUGGGCUUGUGGUAGAAUCCAUCGGGCCUAAUUCAAAACCAAAAUGAUCUGUCAUCUGUGUGUUGCAACGGUAGCGUUCUCAAUUUUCCGAAGAGGGAAAAUGUUGAUUCGACGAUUACCUUGGUCGGCGAUUUCUGUCGCCACAUUAUUUCCCCGUCGUUCCGGUGGUUCAAAUGGACUUCGCAUUCCCGUUCGCAAGCAACUUAACUCUUCUCCCUACCCCUUCUGCUAUAGCUCCGGCAUCAAUCUCCCUCCACAACCGGGUCACGAAACGGAUAUUCGUCACUCGCAAUCUCUGAAACCCGGUCUUUACCUUGUCGGAACACCGAUCGGAAAUCUCGAAGAUAUCACUCUGAGGGCUCUUCGCGUGCUGAAUUCAGCUGAUGUUAUACUCUCGGAGGACACGAGGCAUUCGGGAAAGUUGCUUCAUCACUAUAACAUCAAAACGCCUCUCAUGAGUUAUCACAAAUACAACGAAUCGCAAAGGGAACAGGUUGUGCUGAGGAGGUUAAAGCAAGGUGAUGUCGUGGCUCUUAUAAGUGAUGCUGGAAUGCCAGGCAUCAGUGAUCCGGGUAUGGAGUUGGCAAAAUUGUGUGUUAGUGAGAAUAUCCUGGUUGUGCCAAUCCCUGGUCCUUGUGCUUUGGUGUCGGCUCUUUCUGCCUCGGGCUUACCUACUGAUGAAUUUACAUUCGUUGGUUUUCUUCCUAAACAUUCUGGUUCUAGAAAAUAAAGGCUUAUGGUUUCAGCUGAUCAAACUACUACACAGAUAUUUUACGUUCCUCCUCACAAGCUUUCUCAGUUUCUUGACGAGAGUUCUUCAAUUUUUGGUGAUGCAAGAACCCUCCUUUGGUCAAUAUAGGAUUUCAGAGUUGUGGCUUAGGGAAUAUUGUUUCAGAUUGGUUGACUCUUCAAUUUGAUGAUAUUGCAGGAAAUGUGUUAUUGCUCGGGAAAUGACUAAGUUACAUGAAGAGUUUUGGCGUGGUACACUUGGUGAAGCCAAGGAAGUAUUUUCUAUUCGUCAAGUGAAGGGAGAACUUACUAUAUUGAUUCAGGGGCAAGCAAAUUCUAAAGUUGAACCUCCAUCAGACAUUGAGCUUGAGAGUGAACUUAGAGAACUGAUUUCAAGUGGCGAGAGUCUUUCCAU